CUCGGAGCCAAUUAUUAUGGAGUAACAAAAAAGAUAAUGGGAGGCUUUCCUCUCUCGCUCUGCCUCUCCGCUCUAUAUAUGGCGUGGACACUCAUGGCUUUCGAUUCAUCUUCUCCUUCAUCCCGCCUCUCAUCCGAAUCCCCGAUUUUGCUUUUUCCAGAAUGGGAAGUACUGAAAGAACUAAGUAUGGUGAAUUCACCUAUGAGAAUCUUGAGAGAGAACCUUACUGGCCAUCAGAAAAUCUUCGAAUUUCCAUCACCGGAGCUGGUGGUUUUAUUGCCUCCCACAUAGCAAGGCGCUUGAAGACUGAGGGGCAUUAUAUUAUUGCUUCUGACUGGAAGAAAAAUGAGCAUAUGACUGAAGACAUGUUCUGCCACGAAUUCCAUCUUGUUGAUCUGAGGGUUAUGGAUAACUGUCUCAAGGUGACUGAGGGAGUUGACCAUGUUUUCAACCUUGCUGCUGAUAUGGGUGGGAUGGGCUUUAUCCAAUCCAACCAUUCUGUCAUCAUGUACAACAACACAAUGAUUAGUUUCAACAUGCUUGAGGCUGCCAGGAUUAACAAAGUUAAGAGGUUUUUUUAUGCCUCUAGUGCUUGUAUCUACCCUGAAUUUAAACAGUUGGAAACUAAUGUGAGCUUGAAGGAGUCUGAUGCUUGGCCAGCUGAGCCGCAAGAUGCAUAUGGGCUAGAGAAGCUUGCAACGGAGGAAUUAUGCAAGCACUAUAACAAGGAUUUUGGAAUUGAGUGUCGCGUUGGCAGGUUCCACAACAUUUAUGGUCCCUUCGGGACAUGGAAGGGUGGAAGGGAGAAGGCUCCUGCUGCCUUUUGUCGUAAGGCAAUCACUUCCACAGAUAAAUUUGAGAUGUGGGGGGAUGGACAUCAAACGCGAUCUUUCACUUUCAUAGAUGAGUGCGUGGAAGGUGUACUUAGAUUGACAAAAUCAGAUUUUCGCGAGCCCGUGAACAUUGGAAGUGAUGAGAUGGUCAGCAUGAAUGAGAUGGCUGAGAUUGUUCUUAGCUUUGAGAGCAAGAAAACUCCUAUACAUCACAUUCCCGGGCCAGAAGGUGUUCGUGGCCGUAACUCAGACAACACGCUGAUUAAAGAGAAACUUGGAUGGGCUCCGACUAUGAAGUUGAAGGAUGGGCUGAGAAUUACAUACUUCUGGAUCAAGGAACAGAUUGAGAAAGAGAAGGCUCUAGGUACUGAUAUAUCAGUUUAUGGGUCAUCCAAAGUGGUGCAGACCCAAGCCCCAGUUCAACUAGGCUCGCUCCGGGCAGCAGAUGGCAAAGAGGAAAGUAGUUAAUGGGUGGCUGUAGCAGUAGUCUCCCAAGUGUGUUGGGCGGGGCGGGGAGCGGGCUCCUGUAUUGCUAUGUCAUAGAGUUCUGUGGUUUAGGUUUAUUAGCAAUUUGUUUUGCUGUCCGUGUAUGUGUAGAUGGGAAGUUGAAUAUUUGUUUUGUAUUUUAUGAUUGGUUAAGCCAGUGUACUGCUUAAGGUGUUUCUACUGUGCUGGAAGCUACAAGAUACUUGUGGCUCAGAUGUAAGUUGUGUUGGUGAAAUAAGAAUAGUAAGAUUGCCUUUUUA